AUGGCGCUAUUGGGAUGUCCAUAUGUGUGGCAUGCAAGGGAGACCAACUCAGUAACAGCACGUUAUGCAUCUAUAAAUGCUCAUCUGGGAAUUGAGCAAUCUAGAAGAGAUGAUAUGGAGUCUUUAGGUUAUGUUAUGAUGUAUUUUAAUCGCGGCGUGUUACCUUGGCAAGGAAUGAAGGCUAAUAAUAAACAACAAAAAUAUGAAAAAAUAUCAGAAAAAAAAAUGUCAACUCCAAUAGAAGUCCUGUGUAAAGGAUUUCCUGCUGAAUUUUCAAUGUAUUUAAAUUAUUGUCGUAGCCUGCGCUUUGAAGAACAACCUGAUUAUAUGUACUUACGGCAGCUAUUUCGAAUUUUAUUUAGAACCUUAAACCAUCAGUAUGAUUAUAUUUAUGACUGGACAAUGUUGAAACAGAAAACUCAUCAAGGUCAACCCAAUCAAAUUUUAUUGGGACAGGCAGAGCCUCGAAAUGAUCGUGACAAAGAAAAAGAAAAACAAAGUGGAAAACAAAUGCUUACAGAUUAAUUAUUUUUUUAAUAUGAAGCAAGAAGAAAGGAAAUCACUGAAAACUAAUUCUAUGCAUAUAUCCUGAUAUAUCUAUAUAAUAUGUAUGUUUAUAAUUAU